GGGACUGAGAGGGCUCUGGGAUAAUGAGCAGAUGCCAGGCACACUGGGGUCAAGUAGGGCAUCAUGUCAUCACCUGGCUUCUCCCCAGGGCAAGGGUUCAAGAAGCCAUUGGGAUGACCUGCAUGGAAAAGGCCCUUCCUGAAUCUGUAUGGUUUGGGCAGAAGAAAGAAGGGGUGGAAAGGAGUACACGUUGUACCCUGACAGCACUGCCACUGGCAUGCUGGCCUUUCCAGCCACCCCACCCACCACAGGAAACCAGAAUUUUCUUAGGGAUCCCAGUUCUAACAAGAAUUUGGUGAAAUAGGAUAGUGUGAUGGGAACUUGGUGUAGGAGAGCUUUUCAGUCCCUGGGUGCAUACCUUCCCUUUUUCCCUGCCCCCCUCCCCCAACUCCUACCUCUAUUGUUGCUGGUUCUCCCUAUACAAUUAAUCUCUCUGUUGCUCUCAUUCUGGGAGUUUUCCUCUGCACUGUUAGGACUGCUGUCCAGAUCUCUGGGGCUUACAUUUCACUUUUUUUGAACCUUGCUAUGUCCUUACUAAGAGAUGUCUUACUCACAGGAGCAAGCAGAAUUGUCACUGGGUGAUAGGAGAAAGUGAUGUUGCCAUAGGUGAGACCUCAGAGGAGAGAGAGGUAGCUGUAGUCUGGGGUAGCCAAAGUGGGCUUUCUAGAGGGGAAGUUGUUUUACCUAGCCAGGGAGGAAGGGCAGGCAUGUAGGGGAAAUGGUAUUGUGGGUGGCAGGUAACAUAGGUACUGUCCCAAGCAGAAGCUUCAUCCUGGAGGUAGUAUUUCCUCCCAUGAAGGAAGAUGGCCUGUCACCCAGAAUAGACUCCUGAGGGUGGACUAAUCAGUGAAGGCCAUCUUGUGCCUUGGCAGAAAAGCAGUGGUUUGGGUUUUUGGAUUUUGGGUGUAUGUUGGAGGUUUUGGGGAGGAGUAAAGAAGUACUCAGAGUUAUUCCAGCUUUCUGACUGUCACUGUCUUAUCUCUAGUUUGCAGGGCCUAGGGGGAGGGGUAGGCCGGCCCUGCAAGUGCCUUCUGGCCAUGUCUCCUCCCCACCAGACUUGUUUUUGAUUAGAUUUGUUGCCUUCUGCUGGGGCAGUUGGGAGUUGAAGGUUGAAGGGCUGGCUCUGAACCUCAGAGGAACAAACUGAUGGGGGUCUGGCUGAGACCAGGAGCUGCACGGAAUGGUGGCAGUCACCUUGCCAGUGCAGCAGGCAUGGACCAGACUGCAAGCUAGGAGAGCAAGACAUCAAUCAGGAAGAGAGAACAUACAGCUAGGCUUAAGGCCUCUUCAUCGGGAUGUCCCCAGGCCCCCCAGCCCAGGCCCAGCAUAAAGGCUGUGGGGGGGGGCCCCCCUGACCCAAGGGGGGGCUUCAUGCGCCACGUGCAGGCGGAGCCAUCUCCAUCCUCAGAGCCAGAGGCUGGCCCUUCGCAGCCUGCAGUCAGGCAGGGGGCCCUCCAAGGUGGCCUGCUCAUGGGCUACAGCCCAGCAGGGGGGGCAACAUCCCCCGGGGUCUACCAGGUAUCCAUCUUUUCCCCUCCAGCUGGUGCCUCCGAGCCUCAUAGGGCCCUGAAGCGACCUGCCCCACCUACUGAGGGUCCCCGGGAACUGAAGAGAGGCCCUGGGCUGGGAGCCAGAGAGGGGCUACCCCCUGAAGAACCAUCUACUGUGGGGCUAUUGGGUCCAGAGGAACUGGGGCUGGGGCUGGGUGUGGCCAGCCAACAUUUCUGCCAUCAUGGCCUCUGCGUGGUGGAACAAGGAGGUAGCUCCACCUUACCUUGGACUUCAGGGGCCCCGAGUCCUCCCGGGCACCCAUCAAAUGCUUCCUGCAAUACUUUGCACACCAGAGACUGGGCUUCCCCAGAUCCAGGGGGACAGGGGUCCCUGGGGGAGUCCCCAGGGCCAGCCCCUCCGGGCCAACUGCACACACUUGACACUGAUUUGCACAGUCUUGCACAAAUAGGGCGUAAGAGCCCAGUGGCUGGGGUGGGCAAUGGGGGCAGCCCCUGGCCUAGGGAGUCCCCUGGCACUGCCAAUGGGCACAGUCCCGAGCACACACCCCCUGGCCCUGGACCUCCAGGCCCCUGCCCCACCAAGCGAAGGCUGCUUCCUGCUGGAGAAGCCCUGGAUGUCAGCUCUGAGGAUGAGGGGCCAGCCCCUCGGAGGCGCCGGGGAACCCUGGGCCACCCUCCUGCUGCCAACAGUUCUGAUGCCAAAGCCACACCCUUCUGGAGCCACCUGCUGCCUGGGCCCAAGGAGCCUGUGCUGGACCCAACAGACUGCAGUCCCAUGGGGCGGAGGCUGAAAGGUGCCCGUCGCCUGAAACUGAGCUCCCUUCGAAGCCUCCGGAAGGGGCCAGGCCUGCUGAGCCCACCCAGUGCCUCCCCUGUUCCUACCCCCGCCGUCAGCCGUACCCUGUUGGGCAACUUUGAGGAAUCAUUGCUUCGAGGACGCUUUGCACCAUCUGGCCACAUUGAGGGCUUCACAGCAGAGAUCGGAGCUAGUGGAUCCUAUUGUCCCCAGCAUGUCACGCUGCCUGUCACUGUCACCUUCUUUGAUGUUUCUGAGCAAAAUGCCCCGGCCCCCUUCCUGGGCGUCGUGGACCUGAACCCCCUGGGGAGGAAGGGUUACGGCGUGCCCAAGAUGGGCACCAUCCAAGUGACCUUAUUUAACCCCAACCAGACUGUGGUGAAGAUGUUCCUAGUGACCUUUGACUUCUCGGACAUGCCUGCUGCCCACAUGACCUUCUUGCGCCAUCGUCUCUUUUUGGUGCCUGUGGGUGAGGAGGGAAAUGCUAGCCCCACCCACCGCCUCCUCUGCUACUUGUUGCACCUCAGGUUCCGGAGCUCCCGCUCAGGCCGCUUAAGCCUACAUGGAGACAUCCGCCUGCUUUUUUCCCGCCGGAGCCUGGAACUGGACACAGGGCUCCCCUAUGAACUGCAGGCUGUGACUGAGGCCCCUCACAAUCCACGUUAUUCACCUUUGCCCUGAUUGCCAGGACCCUGAAUUCAUGUGGGCCAAGGACCUGCCCAUCCUGCUCCAUCCUGGACAGAGCAAAUACGUGGAGAGGCGGCGAGAGACCCUUCAGGCUUGAAUUAAAGCCCUUGCCAUGUUCAUGCCCAAAUUGAUUAUUUGGGCGUUUAAAGCGUCUGAUCCUUACCACAUCUUCCCACCUCUGGGUACUCUACAUGCCUGCCCCCUCCCUUGGAUUUCCCAAGCCAGCUUAGGUAGUGGGGAGGAACCUGAGUUACUCUGAGGUUAUCCCAUAUUCCCAGGCAAGUCAUGCCAGCGUUGCCUCCCUGUCCUGGGCAGGGGCCACUUAUUAUUUUAUUUAUUUUUAAUUUAUAAUUUAUUCAAAUUGGAUUGCCUUGGUAACCUCCCAAACCUGAAAAUUGGCAUUGCCCCUCCUCCUUUCUCACUCUCAGAUAUUGAUCUAACCUUAGGAGUUGUAGAGGCUGAUGUAGGAACUGGAAGGACUGCUCUCCCUCAUUUGAGGACAGAAAGUUUAUCCAGAAGGACUGAGUCACUAGCCAAAGACUCAGCUUCCCCUGUGCUUCUAUUCCUUUCACUUCCCCUGUGAUUCCUCUCUGAAAGCCAAUUUGUGUGUGUGUGUGUAUGCAGAAGUGUGCAUGCGUGUGUGCGUGCGUGUGUGUGUGAGAGAGACAUGCACACUCACACGCACACCCGGGGGUUAACACCCUUCAUCUAGGGUUCCAGGCUCUAGUUGUCCCUUUCUUCCUGCCUGUGUCUCCUUGCUCUGGGGUCCUGACUGAGGAAGGUAUUCAGGGACAGAGUCAGGGCCAAGGACUGGGGUGCCUCCUCUCAUCUGGCCAGACUCUGACCCACCUACCUCAGCUGGGGUGAGGGGUACCCCUCAAACUCAGUCAUGUGGUUUCCAACUACCCCAUUUCCCACUCCAGACUCUGACCCAGCCUCAGAGCUGACUCCUGGGGCUGAACUGAGGGGAACAAGCAUUUGCUGAAACUUGAAAAAAAAAAAAAAAAAAAAACAGGAAAAAAUUGUACCUGGUACUUUUUUUUAGAAAAAUAAAUUCUUGUUUGGAAACUUGAA